UGUAGGCCGAUCGCUUCCUAUCCCUCUCGCUCGCGACAAACUGCUCGAUUCGUCUCCACUCCACUCCGCAAAAUGGUGAUCGUGGCGGCUUCUAAGAUGCUGACCGCGGUCUCCACCUCCGCCGCUUCCUUGGCUCACCGCCGCUCGCUGACGUGCCGUGCCACGGCCUCCGCCGGCACGGCGUCUCGUCUCGUGCCUCACCCGUCCGACCUGAUCCGUUGGGUCCGCCGGGAGGGCGGCUUCGUCCACCCCAACCUCCGGAUCGCCGACGGCGACCCCUACGGUCUCGGCGUCGUUGCCACCAAUGAGAUCCCCCCGGGGUCGGAGCUCAUCGCCCUCCCUAGCCACCUGCUCCUUCGCUUCGACCGGUCGCCGGAGUCGGAUGGUGCCUCUGAUGGUCCCCAUUCCACUCUGGUGGAACUGGCUCGCCGGGUUCCAGACGAACUAUGGGCGAUGAGGUUGGGCUUGAAACUUCUUCAAGAAAGGGCAACCGCCCGUUCCAUUUGGUGGCCAUAUAUCAGCAAUUUGCCAGAAACUUUUUGUAUACCUAUUUUCUUUUCGGGGGAUGACAUAAAGAACUUGCACUAUGCUCCACUAAUACAUCAGGUAAAUAAGAGAUGUCGUUUUCUUCUUGAGUUUGAGAAAGAGAUAAAAAAUAUUCUUGACAAUGUUUCCUUGAGAAAUCAUCCCUUUGGAGGUCAAGAUGUAAAUUCAUCUUCACUUGGCUGGGCAAUGUCAGCAGUUUCUUCUCGAGCAUUCCAGUUGUAUGGUGAAAUUCCUUACAGUGACAAGCCUAAAAACAUCCCUAUGCUGCUUCCGGUCAUUGAUAUGUGCAAUCACAGUUUUGCUCCUAAUGCUCGAAUUGUUCAAGAGCAAAACAUGAACAAGCAGAACAUGUCAAUAAAGGUUGUAGCAGAUACGCAAAUUAAGCAGGAUACACAUGUCUUGCUCAAUUAUGGCAGUUUAAGCAAUGAUUUUUUCCUUCUGGAUUAUGGUUUUGUGAUUCCAUCAAAUCCACAUGAUCAUGUAGAACUGAAGUAUGAUGAGGCUCUUCUUGAUGCUGCUAGUUUAGCAGCUGGAGUUUCUUCUUCCAGCUUUUUGUCUCCAUCUGACUGGCAGCAGGACAUACUAUCUCGCCUAAAUUUACGGGGAGAUGAGGCUCUUCUCAAGGUGACUUUAGGUGGCCCUGGAUUGGUUGACGGCCGUUUGUUGGCUGCCCUAAGAGUACUGCUCUCAAGUAACAAAGAAACAGUUCAAAGGCACGAUUUGGACACUCUCAUGUCGUUAUCAGAGGAAGCUCCUUUGGGAAUGUCCACCGAGGUUGCAGCUCUCCGAACUGUGAUAUCUCUCUGUGUUGUUGCACUAGAAUCCUUUCCCACAAAAAUAAUGCAGGAUGAGUCCAUCUUUAAGACUGCUAUAUCCUAUUCAACUGAAUUGGCUGUCCGGUUUAGGAUGCAAAAGAAGUUGACGAUCAUAGAUGUCAUGCGUAAGCUCACUCAGAAGGUUAAGAAGAUAUCCAAGAUGGAAUUAACUGCUCAGAAUUAGGCUUAUAUGACUGGUAGUGGGUUUUUCUCGACUCUUAACUAAUGCCUUUAUUUCAGUAGACAAAAUACUCUUUGAUUA